CAUUUUGGAAUAAUGUAAAUAGACAGCAAAAGGGUAUUUGUAAUUCUGCAAAAGUUUUGAGUCUUUGAUAGGGAAUGCUUGGAAACAAGAUUUUUUUAGCGGGAGGGUUUUAGGGCAACUGGGUUUGUUGAUUCUUUAGAAGCAGUGGUAAUGGGGUUCAGUUGGAUAGAGAUUUUCUUGCACGGUUUUGGAUUGCUGAUAACAAAUUGGAAAAGUCUAGAGUAAAAAAGAAGAAAGUUGUUAAGAGUAAGAAAUAUGGUGAACCGGUUUCUGAUGCUAGGCCGUAGGGAAGAUGGUUUUCAGGUUCUGUUGUCUCAGAAGAAAAUCCUUAUGAGCUCGGUAAACCAGUUCUGCGUCAAUCUCCAGUCAGUCAGUCUGUCACUGGUUUUCUCGAUGGAGGAGUUGCUUCGCCUGAGGCGCCCUUUUGUUGCUUACAUAACUGAUGCUAUUGGUAAUGAACUUUUCAGGGUUCGUAGGCCUUUCGGGUGGAUAACUAGUUCAAUUUGUGCUGAAAUUAACAGUAAGGAAAUUGGUGUGGUUCACAGAGGAUGGCAUCUGUGGAGGAGGGUGUAUGAUUUAUAUCUCGAGAACAAGCUGUUUGCAGUGGUUGAAAAUCUGGGCUUUUGGAUAUGUAACAACCCCAGAUGAUGAAGAUCCCAUUAAUUGAUCUCUCAGCUUCCUUAAUUAUGGAUAUUAAUGGCGGAGAUUCAACAGGCAAUUUAAUGAAAUAUUAUCCCCAUGGAAGUAGUAAUAUGUGUUGAUGUUCACACGAGU